AAUACCCUCACAUUUCCUACAGUUGUCCGGGGUGUGGCGCCAUCUGGAGGAUUGUGGGGAGACUGUGGAGAAUGGCUCUACGCACUCUUGGAAUCACAACAUCAAUCAACCGGCAGUUACUCCGGGCAGACAAAUUUCGCAGUUUAUCGAGAAUGUCUCAACCCCUGGAUCAAAUACCCGACGUUGACAUUGACCCGAAUGGGGUAUUCAAGUACAUCUUGGUGCAUGUUCACGAUGAUAAUAAUAAACAGAGUAAACCAAUUGUCCGGGGCUACGCCAGAUGCCAGUGGCACGCUGACAUUUACGAUGAAAUUGGAAAUGAAUUGAAGAAGUACGGCGCCGGAUUAGAUACCGAGUGUGUCGGCGGUGGGAGAAUAGAUCACAGCGCAGAAGGAAAAACUAUUAAAGUUUAUGGGUACUCGCAGGGAUUUGGGAAGGCCGAUCAUGAAGUUUCUGUGGGAUUACUGAAGAAGAAGUACCCUGAUUAUGGAAUUACAUGCUCCGACGAAGGAUAUUAGAAUCAAUAUCGUAAAAUGGGAAACUGUAAUUACUGUGAUUGUCUCUUUAUCGUGAAUUCAUAAUAAAACCGGAUAAUUUUUACAA